GGGGGCCCUCCCUUGGCCUUCCUCCUCCUCCCAUUCCUCCAUCCUCCUCCUCCUCCUCCUCCUUCCCACCAGCACCAUCCUUGGCAGCCGGGUGCCAGUCUCUCUCUCUCUCUCUCUGCUCCUCUGUGCCUUCUUCCUCCUCAUCCUCUUCCUUGGCAAUCGUGUGUCAGCCUCUCCCUGCCCUUUUGUGGCCCCCUCCUUCCCUGCCCCUCCUCCAGAGGCGGAGCUGGGGGGCACCCCCUGGCCUUUCUCCUUCUGGCUGUGCCCUCUUCUUCCUCCGGUGCCCAGGAUGUGGUGGGCAUCCUCCCUGCUGCUAGUACUGUUGCUGCUGCUGGUGGGUCUCUCUCUGCGGAGGCGAUGGCCCUCUUUCUGGCUCUCCGAUGUGGCCUUCUUUUUCAGAGCCUGGGGCUGCCAACGACGUCUCUUGGGGGGCAGUGAUGCCCGGAGCCUGGCCCAGCGCUUCGGCCCCUUGGCACUUUCCAGGCCUGCCACCCAAGUCUUCCUCCGGACCCAGGAGCAGAGCUUCACCUACUGGCAAGCGGAGAAGGAGAGCAACCGCCUGGCCCAUGCCCUCCUCCGGGCCACCAGUGCCCCAGCAGCAGGGCACCCUCCUCUGCUGCCACCCGGGCAGACGGUGGCCCUCCUCCUGGGCAACGAGGCUGCCUUCCUCUGGGCCUGGAUCGGUGCCGCCAAGCUGGGCCUGGUGCCAGCCUUCCUGGGCACCGCGCUCCGCAAGGGAGCCCUCCUCCACUGCCUCCGCGCCUGCCAGGCCAGGGCCCUCCUGGUGGCACACGACCUUGUCGAAGCGGUGGAUCCCAUCCUUCCUGAUCUAAAGGAGAUGGGGGUCUCAGUGUGGGCGAUGGGCAAAGGGCCCUACUCUCCUGGCAUAACCAGCCUUCAUCAUCUGUUGGAGGAAGCGUCUGAGGAUCCCGUGCCAUCUGAACUCUCUACUCCCAAAAGUCUGAUGGAUACCGCUCUUUACAUCUUCACCUCUGGGACCACAGGACUUCCCAAAGCGGCUCGCAUCAGCCACCUCAAAACCAUCCUCUGCUUAGGGUUCUACAACUUGGUGGGAGCGUCCAGUUCGGAUGUGAUCUAUGUCUCUCUGCCCCUCUAUCACAUGUCCGGAAGCCUCCUGGGAGUCAUCGGCACUUUCGGCAUCGGGGCCACCUGCGUGCUGAAGAAGAAAUUCUCUGCCAGCCAGUUUUGGCCAGACUGCCGUCACUACGGAGUGACCGUCUUCCAGUACUUGGGCGAACUCUGCCGAUACCUUGUCAACCAGCCCCCGAGUCCUGGGGACAGGGACCACAGUUUGCGCAUGGCUGUUGGGAGUGGACUGCGGCCGGACGUCUGGCGUGAAUUCCUGCGCCGUUUCGGGGACGUGCGGAUCGUGGAGACGUACGGCAUGACGGAAGGCAGCGUCAGCUUCUUCAACUAUACCGGCACCGUGGGAGCUGUCGGGCGUGCCUCUUGGCUUUAUAAGCUCUUUAGUUCCUUUGAGUUGGUCCGUUAUGACGUGAUUCAGGGGUCUCCCAUUCGGGACGAAGCCGGGCGAUGCCAACGUGUGAAGCCAGGAGAGCCGGGACUGUUGAUCGCCCCCGUGACACGCCAGAAACCGUUCCUGGGGUACGCCGGCGCCCGCGAGCUAUCGGAAUCCAAGCUUUUGCGCGGCGUCUUUGUGGACAAUGACGUUUAUUUCAACACCGGCGAUUUGAUGGUGCAGGACGACCAAGGUUUCGUCAGCUUCUGGGAUCGUAUUGGAGACACCUUCCGAUGGAAGGGUGAAAAUGUCGCUACGACGGAAGUGGGAGAGAUCUUGGCCGCUUUGGACAGCCUCCAAGAUGUCACCGUCUACGGAGUGGUGGUCCCAGGGUGUGAAGGUCGGGCAGGGAUGGCUGCCAUGGUGCUGAAGACAGGACAGGAGCUUGAUGGAGAAGAAGUCUACACGCACGUAGUGGAGCUUCUGCCGCCGUACGCUCGGCCCCGCUUCCUGCGCAUUCAGGAGCAGCUGGAGGUGACGGAGACGUUCAAACAGAAGAAGGUCCGCUUAGCAGCGGAGGGAUUUAACCCGACUCGGAUCACGGACCUGCUCUACUUCAUUGAUGACAAGGCCAAGACGUACGCGCCUCUGACUCCCCAAAUUUGGGAAGGGAUCAAUGCUGGAGAGAUCCGGUUAUAACACACACUUACAUGCAUAUGUCCCUGCACCCCAUGCUCCACAACGGAAAGGGCAGUGCAUCCUGCAAUAGCAGGAGCAGUGCAUGCUACGAAAUGUUUACUCCCCUGUAUCCCAGCAUACCAUGCUCUAGGAUGGAAAGAGCAGUGCAUGCUCGGGUAUUCUAUAUCCCAGCAUGCCAUGCUCUGCAAUAGCCGAAGCAGUGUAUCCUGAGAGAUGUUUACUCCCCUGUAUCCCAGCAUGCCAUGCUCUGCAGGAGCAGUACAUGCUAGGACAUCACUGUUCACUCCCCAGCAUCCCAACAUGCCAUGCUCUAGGAUGGAGAGAGCAGUGCAUGAUGGGAGGUCACAAUCUCCUGUCUCAUAUCCCAGCAUGCCAAGGUAUAGAAAAGCAGGAGCAGUGCAUGCUGAGAGAUCACCGUUUAUUCCUGUGUGACCCAGCAUGCCAUGGUCUAGAAUGGAGAGAGCAUGGCAUGCAGGGAGAUCAUAGUCUACUUCUCCAUAUCCCAGGAUGCCAUUCUCUCGGAUGGAGAGAGCAGUUCAUCCUGGAAGAUCCCAGUCUCCUCCAUGUGCCAAGCCUUAUGAGACCAGCGUGCCUCUUUUUCGAAUCCUGACACCCCUUCCUUAGACGACUGUCCACUUAGAAAGUCUCUUCAUGCCAUGGGGUGAUACACACCACCCCAACGAUGGGGCCGACCCCCUUUUCACAGCAGUGCCUUGGUGGCCCUCCUUAGUCCUUCUUAGUCCUUCCACCAGGACCAGCAAUACCAUCAGGUAGAGCGAAGCCAUUGCCUCAGGUGGAAGAUGCUUCGGGGCGGCGGUAGCAGCUCCCCAACCAUUCAUCCUGAGCCACCCUGAGUCUCCAUCGGAGGACGGAAAUUGGAAGAGGACAACCCGUUGCCUGUGUUGAAGUUAAAUUCAACCACUGGUCCAGUUUGCGUCCAUAUCCGACAUUGGUGGGCAGAGCCUUAUCCUUUGCCUCGGGUAUCAAAACAUCUUGGCCAUUCCCAACCCUCCACCUAGUUCACGCAAAAACAAAGACCCUUGGAUGAAUUCGAAGCAUGCAUUUGCUUUUGGGGCCAAGAAUGGGAGAACUCAAUGUUGAAAUUUUACUCGUUUCAUAUCACCGUCGUGCCUUGAGGAAUGGAUCAAAAAUGUUUUUUUGAGACUGGACACUUCAGAUAGGGUAGAUCACCACCGACCCCCUUUUGAUCGCAGCAGUUCAGGUCAAUGGGAAUUCCAAUGUCUUCAUAUCGGCCAGAUGUUGGUGCCCAAGAUAACCCUUUUUGGCUGGAAACGCCAACUGCGCCUUGGUCCUUAUGCCACCUCCCUUAAGGCCCUCUUGUAAUGUCUGAAACUGGUGAUUGUUGGUGACAUGAUUUAAGCUUUCAGACUGGAAGCGUCUGCUUCGUUUUGAAGCAGAACCAGGAGGAUCACUAUCCAAAACCUGACCCAAAAUCACAGCUCCCGUGAUUGGCUGCGGGUAGAAGUAGAAACAUAAUGAUGGAACUAGUACAGUGGGGUCUUGGCAUGUGCGGAUUUAAACAUCCGCGGAUGGCAAGCCCUGUCAUCCCCAAUGGAUACCAAAAUGAUGGAGGUAGUAUGGUGGUACCUUCAUAUCCAUGGGAUUGCCAUCAGCGGAUAUAAAAGGCUUGCCAUCUGGGAUGAUUAUAUCCGUGGAUGGCAGUCCCAUGGAUACGAACGUACCACCGUACCAGCUCCAUCAUUUUGUUUCUACUUCUACCUGCAUUCAAUGCAUGUUGCGCCGCCAUUAGGAACAAAGGACUUGAAGUCCCAUAUUUUUUCAUUGCGGGGUCUGGAACGGUUUUUGUCUGUUUUUAGUUUUCUAUGGGUUUUUUCGGGCAAUGUGGCCAUGUUCUGGAAGAACGUUCUUCCUGAUGUUUGACAUCUUCAGAGGGUGGUGGCAUGGAAGUGUGUGGAGUAUAUAUGGAGUAUGUAUUCAAGGCUCUUGCAGGUAUAUAUGUGCCACACGCCUCCAUGUCACCACUUUCUGAAGAUGCCAGCCGCAAAUCCAGGCAAAACGUCCAGAAUAAAUUCUUCCAGAACAUGGCCCCACACCCUGAAAAACCCACAGAAAACUAUGGAUGCCAGCCACAAAAGCCUUUGACUUCACUUUGUCUGUCUUUCUCUGUCUGGUCUCUUUUCUCCCGCUUUGGAGGAGUUGGCAGCUUGAAUCUGACGAUGGGUGACCAUUUGGUUUAAUUUCCUUUUUUACUUUUUCUACUCAUGGUAUCAAAUAAAAGACCCUUUUUG